CGCGGCGGUAAAUCUCAGCUGCUGCUUGAUUUUUCUUGGAAAGUUUUUGAAGAAUUUGAUAAAACUCUUCAAAAUAAAAAAUACUCAUUAUCAAAAAUUCAAGUGUAUUAACAAAAGUUCGAUCUUAAUCUAAUCAUGACCCAAAAAAUGUUUUAAUAUCUAGUUAACAUACGUCAGCAAUUUACAAAAUAAUGAAUUCGAGUAACGAAAUAAUAGUGGUAGAGAGGGCCCACGGGGGCCUUCACUGUGAUAAAGACGCAUUGACGGAUAUGUUCGGAUGGUUUUUACAAGUGCUCCUGGCCAGUCUCGCGUUCACGUGCCUUAUAGCCAAAAGAUUUUGCGAGCCGAGACUUCACAGAAGAAGCUGGCUGAUUUGGUUCUAUGAUACAUCGAAGCAGGGAAUGGGUGCGAUGACAAUACAUUUGGCUAACGUAUGGUUAGCUGGACAGUACCAGGGUGACCCUUGUACUUGGUACCUCAUCAAUUUUUUACUAGAUUCUUCUUUGGGACUUUUAAUAAUCUUUGUGGGUAUAAGAACUUGUCAAUAUUUAUCGCGUAAAAAAGGUUGGGAGGCUAUUAAUUUUGGUGAAUAUGGCAAGCCCCCUAAUGUCCACGCUUGGCUAGCACAGUGUUGUUUAUAUGUGUGUCUUAUGGUCAUAGUUAAGGUUUCUAUAACCCUGUUCAUGCAGCUAGAUUUCUGGGAGAACGUGAAGAAUUUCAUAUUGAGUCCGCUGGAUAAUCCUAAAGUUGAACUGGCUUUUGUGAUGCUGAUUAUUCCAUUUUUUAUUAAUAUGUUGAUGUUUUGGGUAACAGACAACUUUUUAAUGUACAAAGAUCCCAGUAAAAGACGAAGAGACAGCUCAGAGGUCAGCCUGUUAGAAAAAGCUAAAGUGAAAUACAGAAGUUUACGGAAGAAAAAAUCUGAUUCUGAAAGUGACAUACUUUUAUCUGCUGACGACGAUCUCCUUGAUCCUGAACAAGUGCCUACAAGAGGAUCUAUCCAUACAUAAAUCUUAAUUUAUGCUUGCAAAAUUGUCAUUGCUUAAAUCAUCGCCAACAUGGAUAUUCUGCUUUAAAGUAAAAAUAUCGAAACUUGAGAUUAAAGGACAAAGAUUAUAAAUCCAUGAAAGUGCAUUAAACAAAUAACAGUGUGGAGGCUUGAUGAGUGUACCAUCCAAAAGUUUUUCGCAUGCAUUUAUUAAGUUAUGUGAUUUUCCUAUUGUUACCGUCAUAAUCAAAGUGAUACUAGUUUUUAAGGUUUAGGGCAUUAGAUUUUAGGAUUCAAAUUUUUUGGUUAUUGCCAUAAUAAUGAGGAGUCUUAUUUAUAUAAUUUUUAUAAGACAUAAUGCCCGUAUUACAUCUGUGUAUUUAUUCGUGUAGUUCAGGGUGACAACAUUAUUUUGUUUUCCAUAAUGCUGAUUUAUGUUGCGUUUGAAGUUUUUCAGUUGUCACCCUGAACUACAUGAAUACACAGAUGUAAUACGGGCAUUAGACAACAAAUAUCAACCAUCAUAUCUUAUUGCAUUUAAGGGCAGGCUUGUUCAUCAACAGUUAAAAAUUCAUAAUUUUAAUUGUUGAUAUAAAAGCAGUCUAAUUUGUUAACAUCACUUUUACUCAGAAAAAUUUAUUGUAUAGUGUUCCUAUUUUAGAACAUAACUUUUAUGUACUUGAUUUUUUUUUUGAGAACAUAAGUUUUAUCGACUAAUACAGGUUAUCACAUCACUAAAAAUCAUCAUACAUUUUCAUUUUAAAAAGUUAAACAGUACUUGUCUUCUCCUGACAUGUUACAUAAAUAUCUAUGAUGAUAAUACUCAAUUUUUUUUUCAGGGUUGGUACUUUUGCUCUUAGUCAAGGUUCAACUAAAGUUUCGAAAUAUGCAGAUCAUACUAUGAAAAGUUUAAACUUUUUUGAGAGCAGAAUUUCCAAUUACUACAAAUAUUGUUAUUGGUUAAAGUUAUUUUGUUAAAAAGUGUUAUCUACCAAAUAUUAGACUUAAGAUAAAUGAGAAUACUAUUGCGAACGAAUACUUAGACUUAAGGCCUAACAAUAAAUACCUACUCUUUCCCUCUGUGCAGAGUGAUAAUAAUUUAACAAUAAAUAAGGAUAUUUUUG